CUGCUUGGGAGUUCCAAUUUAAGCUCUUUGUCAAAGGCAAAGAAUUAUGGGGUCAUAUUGAUGGAAAAAUUCCCGCACCGACGGCUGAAGCAGAUUUGGCGAAGUGGGAAACGAAAGAUGCCCAAAUCAUGACCUGGAUUCUUAGCUCUGUUGAGCCUCAUUUUAUCAUGAAUCUUCGGCCUUACAACACUGCUAAGGAUAUGUGGGAUUAUUUGAAAAAGGUUUAUCAUCAAGCCAAUGCAGCUCGAAGGUUUCAAUUGGAGUAUGAGAUGGCUAAUUUCACACAAGGAAGUCUAUCGAUUGAGGAAUAUUAUUCUGGUUUUCAAAAUCUUUGGGCUGAAUACUCAAAUAUUAUUUAUGCGGGUAUUUCUGGUGAAGCCCUAUCAGCUGUCCAAACGGUGCACGAGAUUAGCAAGCGAGAUCAAUUUUUGAUGAAGCUACGAUCUGAUUUUGACGCUACUCGAUCCAAUCUGAUGAAUCGUGACCCUGUGCCUACGUUGGAUGCUUGCUUGAGUGAGCUUCUCCGAGAAGAACAACGAAUCAAAACGCACACAGUUAUGGAACAAAAUAUGAAUUCUUCUGCUCCAGUUAGUGUGGCCUAUGCUGCCCAAGGAAAGAAUAAGCCCAGAGAUAUGCGUUCUGUCCAAUGCUACAGUUGUAAGGGAUUUGGUCAUCUUGCAAAGGAUUGUUCACAAAAAUUUUGUAAUUAUUGCAAGAAAAGGGGGCAUAUUAUCUCCGCUUGUCCUAUUCGCCCUGCAAAGAAACAAGACACUGCUUAUCAUGUCUCAGUUGGUGCUUCGAGUUCUACUGCUUUGCCUGCUCCAACUUCUGUUCCUACACCUCCUGUCAACACUCUUACUCCAGAAAUGGUACAACAAAUGAUUGUGUCAGCCUUUUCUGCCCUUGGUCUUUCAGGAUCAAGUGUCAGGGAAGAUCAUUCUGAAGGGACCUAAAGUAGGACGACUCUUUCCGCUAUGCAUCUCACCUUCCACAUAUUGUCCUGUUUUUUCUCUAGUUUGUGUUGAUGAUA